UUUCACUUGAUGCCGCUGCCUCCCCGCUUCAACAUCGACGUCCUGCUGAACAUCAUGAACUUCUCCGAUGCGUCUACCAUCUGUCAACUAAUGCUGAUAUCGCGCGAGCUCUAUCACCACGGUCCCAAGCUACUUAUCCCGCCAAUCCUCAGGCUGGAGCACGAGUCCGCGCUCGCCUCAUUCAUCUUGUUCCUAUCCGCCGAAGCCUCGUAUCGCCUCAAGUUCCUCAAAGGGCUCUCCGUUUCGACUGGUGCCCUCUCCGCACCGGUCGCCCGACUUCUCAUAGACUUCCUCGUCCGUUUUGGCCCGGAGAUCAAGCUCGACAUCUGCCAUAUCUCCAAUGCCGAUGCGUUCUUCGAAUCCAAUCCUGCGCUCCCUGAGGCUUUCGCGGCAUUGACCCAAAUCGAUGAGCUAGAGCUUGUUGGUGCCGACCUCACCACUUCAGCGGUGCUCUGGAAUUCGCGGGCAACUUUCAGUAGGGUCGUGCUCUGCAUGGCAGAGACUCUUCACCAAGAUAGAGACAUCGAAGGUGUGGACGAAGACGACGAGGACGACGAGGACGAGGACGCUUUGGAUGGAUACGAAGAAGACCGGAACUUCAUAUGCCUUCUAGGCAACAGUGAGGAGACGCUCAGCGAGCUCACUGUCGACUGGUGUAUCACUAGCUGCCCGCCCGGUGUCCUGUAUGCCCCGCAAUACCCACGCCUCGUCACGUUGAACUUGCUCGACAACGAACUGCCGCAGACGCACCAUUACGUCCGCGCUUUCCCAAACCUCGCCACUCUCCUCGUGAGGACCGACCCGAAAUAUUUGGACAGACUCAACGUUAACCCGGACGCAUUCGAUCUGCACCGUGCGAAGAACGAGUCGUUGCUGCUACGUUAUGGGUCCUGGGACGCGCUCAAGAGCGUCAGCGGGACCCUCGUGGACCUCUACCUCCUGGGGUUGUCUUGCACGAUGAACAAGAUCAGGAUCUUUCCGUCGGCAGCCAACCAUAUCGAUGUCGCAAUGUUCCACGCCGUCGUCGAACCCGCCCAACCCGCAUACAUCCACCUCGAUAUAAUCGACGUGUCCGCGUUCUACACCGGGUCUUUCCGGGAUGCGUUGACCGGGCCCAGCGUUGCAGCCCUGCGGAGCGUCGACAUCUCACUCGCACUCGCAAUGUACGUCACACCGUCCCAGAUCGACUUUUCCCUCGCACUGGACAUGCUGAUUGACCACCUCGGAAGCCUCUCCCUCCACACGCUCGGGCUCCACAUCUGCUGCACCGGACUGCAGUUCCCGCUCCUAAACGGUACCGGGCUCGACGUGAAGAACGCCUCCUCCUUCUUCGCGCGCGGCGCGCUCUGGCCCGCCGAGGCGCAGCUCCUCGCGCUCGACCUCGCCGCGCUCACACGCCGCAUCCGCGCGGCCGCGCCCUCGAUCCGCACCGUCGUGCUGUCGAUCGCGGGGCAUCGCGUGCGCCCGAACGCGGUGCUCGUCGUCGGGGAGGAGGACGCGCGCGCGCUGGGCGAGGGCGCGGUGGAGGCGAUCCCGCUCCGGCUGGUGGGGGAACUGCAGACGUCGUGGACGGAGGCCGCGGAGUAUAUGAAGGUGGUGACGGAGGCGACUGCGCGUCUCAUGAAGGCUAGGGGCGAGCUUGCGAAGCAGUUGGAAGCGGCUACCGCGGGGAUGUGA